GACUUCUGUGGCCACCAAAGCUGUGACACGCUGGGAGUGGCAGAUAUUGGCACCAUGUGCGACCGCAACAAGAGCUGCUCGGUGAUCGAGGACGAGGGUCUGCAGGCAGCCUACACCUUGGCUCAUGAACUGGGCCAUGUGCUCAGCAUGCCCCACGACGACUCCAAGACCUGUGAGCGACUCUUUGGACCCCUGGGCCAGCACCAUAUGAUGGCUGCUCUCUUCAUCCACUUGAACAAGACCCAACCCUGGUCCCCUUGCAGUGCCAUGUACCUCACUGAGUUCUUGGAUGGAGGGCACGGUGACUGCCUGCUCGAUGCCCCGGCCGACCCCCUGUCCCUGCCAGCUGAGCUGCCUGGCCAAGGAGCCCUGUACAGCCUGGACCAGCAGUGCCAGCAGAUCUUUGGGAAGGACUUCCAGCACUGCCCCAACACCACGGAGGAGGACAUCUGUGCCCAGCUGUGGUGCAGGACUGGCAGUGGGGAGCCUCUGUGCCACACCAAGAACGGCAGCUUGCCGUGGGCUGAUGGGACACCCUGCAAAGCUGAUGGGCUGUGCUGGGAUGGGCACUGCGUGCCACAGGAUGCCCUGAAACCCCAGGCAGCAGUGGAUGGUGGCUGGGGCCCGUGGAGCCCCUGGGGGUCCUGCUCGCGGAGCUGCGGCGGCGGAGUGCAGUUCUCCCCCCGCCACUGCGACAGCCCCAGGCCCCAGCACGGCGGCAGGUACUGCGAGGGGCAGAGAACCAAGUACCAGUCCUGCCACACCGAGGAGUGCCCCCCAGAUGGGAAGAGCUUUCGGGAGCAGCAGUGUGAGAAGUACAACAGCUACAACUUCACAGAUCUGGAAGGGAACCGCCUGGAGUGGGUUCCCAAGUACGCAGGAGUGUCGCCCCGAGAUCGCUGCAAGCUCUUCUGCCGAGCCCGAGGGAGGAGUGAAUUCAAAGUCUUUGAGGCCAAAGUGAUUGAUGGGACGCUGUGUGGCCCAGAGACCCUCUCCAUCUGUGUCCACGGGCAGUGCAUCAAGGCUGGCUGUGAUCACGUCGUUGGGUCCUCCAAGAAGCUGGACAAGUGUGGGGUGUGUGGUGGGAAUGGCUCCACUUGCAGGAAAAUAACUGGCUCACUCAACAGAUCCAAACAUGGGCAUGGAGAUAUGGCUACAAUGACUGCCGGAGCGACCAACAUCGACAUCAAGCAGCGCAGCCACCGAGGGGUUCGGCACGACGGGAACUACCUGGCCCUGAGGACCCUCGAGGGCAAGUACCUGCUGAAUGGAGACUUUGCCAUCUCAGCCAUGGAGCAGGACAUCCUCAUUAAGGGAACCAUCCUGAAGUACAGUGGCUCCAUGACAACCCUGGAGAGGCUGCAGAGCUUCCGGCAGCUCCCGGAGCCCCUGACCGUGCAGCUGUUGACCAUCGCCAGCGAGGUCUUCCCACCAAAAGUCAAGUACACCUUCUUCAUCCCCAAGGAUGUCCCUUUCAGCAAGCAGAAAGGCAAAGAGAAGAAGUCAGCCAAUGUCAUCCGCCCCAUGCUGACCUCCCACUGGGUCCUGGGCGACUGGUCCGAGUGCUCCAAGACGUGCGGCUCCGGCUGGCAGAGACGGACGGUGGAGUGCCGGGACGUGGAGGGUCAAACCUCCUCUGCCUGCGACAAAGCCCUCAAGCCUGAGGACAUCAAGCCUUGUGGAGAUGUCCCCUGCCCUCUCUGGCGCCUGGGCCCGUGGUCCCCCUGCUCCCAAACGUGCGGCGAGGGCGUGCGGACGCGCAACGCCUCCUGCAUCGAUUACGCCGGAAAAAUCACCUCCCCGGAGAAGUGCAGCUACCCAGGGCCACCACCAGCCACUGCCACCUGCAUCCUGCAGCAGUGCUGA